CAACUAACCAGGCAACAUGUAAUUAAAAGGGUUCUGAUGCAGGUUUCAACAGAAGUAAAGAUCCUCUGUUCUCGUAAGAAUCCCACCCUUCUGAGAAAAACUUCUAAAGAAGACCUGAUGAAGUUUGAAUUCAAGUCCCUUUGUGAUGAAUGGCAACAGAAAGCGCCCAUAUUUUACUCUUUUCUGUUGAUGGCAAGUACAACCAGCAAAUCAAGUGUUCAGACAUGGAGCCCCAGUAUGGCACUAGCAGGUUCGAUCCUUUUAAAGCAAAGGAACUGCGAAAUGAAUGCUGCAGCAACUGUGCUUGGUAUACUAUCAAAGACUGGAUCGAUAGAAACUACUCUGAAAAGAUUAUCAAAGUUGAAGUUAACUGCAUCUAACAGUUGUAUACUAAGCAAACUGGAUCAGAUGGGAGAGGAUCAUGAUAUACAGCUUCAAAAUGCUAAGAAAGAAAUAACAAAGGCCAAUGUUCACCUUGAAUUACUUCUUGACAAGAAAAGUGCUUCAACCUCUUUUCUAGACAGAGCUAACAUUGCCAAGGAAAAUGAAAAACACCAAGAAUCAUCCCCUCCAGGAUUUGUUGUCUCCUUUGAUAACAUCGACCUGAAUUUGCAUAGAAGAAACAUGACAGCAACCAAACAGAACCGUGACUAUCACUGGGUAAACCAUAAGAUGAUAGAGAACAGAGUUAGUGGAAACCACCUUGAUAGUAAGAAGGCAAAAUCUGACAUUCUUGUUGUACAGAAUCUCAAGUUUCUCCCCACGAUCGCUGAUAAUGAAAAACAGAGAAUGGAUUAUAUUGUUUUAACAUCCAGAAUUUUGACAGAUUACUUUGAACAGCUAGCUCCACUAAAAGAUGUUUGUAUCAACCACAUCCCUCAUAGAUAUUCUAAGGAGAUGUCUUCAAAGUCAAGCAAGGUUCCCCUUGGAGUUAUUUUCAAAAACGAAAAUAUAAAUGAGGAAAUGUUGGCUGUACUCCAGAAAUUUCACACUUAUCUGCCACAAAAUGGGAAAGGUGAAGUUGAUACUCAGUUAUUUGCAGGAGAUCAACUCAGUGUUGAGCGUGCUGUCAACACAAUAGCAAGCGUUGCAAAUGGCUACACCCAAGAAGAGAGACUGGAUGGUAUAAAUUUGCAGUUGGGAGACUGGCAUGCAGGGGUUAAACUCUUAACUUUGAACUAUAACCGUUUUUACAGUGGAAAGUCUGAUGAUGAUCACUGCACCCUCUUCUCCGAUCGAAGUCUAAUAAACAGACGAAAUGUAAAUGGUGAACCAAAGUUGGCCUACCGAGCUGACAGGGAUUUCUUGGAAGUGGAAGUGAAGACGCGAGUUAUAGCAGCUGCAAUGUCAACUCUUGAUUUCAAAGACAAAACAGAUACUGCAAAGUCGUCACUGCCAAGCAAUCUUCAAUUAAUGAUGAAGUCUGAAAGGCACAAAGCACUGGUAGAUAUUUCAGCUAAGGUGGUUGAUGAAUUCAUAUUUGACCAGGGGAAAGCAAGUGUUAUGGUGGAUGCUGUGCUAUUGGAACAGGAAAAAGAGAACUUGCUACAGCAGGGUUUGAAUGAAGAUGGGCGUUUUCCAUGUCGGUUUGAGGGUUGUUCGAAAUCAUUUGCAUUCAAUGGAAAAAGUAGAAGAAACCACGAACUAUCUCACAAUCCUCCAGUUGUCAUUGAAGAGCAGAACACAUUUUCUCCCUCAAAACCAAAGCCUGAAGAUCCUUCCUUACCAAAUUUAGAUGAUAUAUUCAAUUAUAACUGCGCACUUCUGGCUGAUGGUUAUCUUUUUUUAAUUUUCUCGAUGCAGUGAAAGAAGGAGAUGGGGAACGCAUCAUGCGACAAUAUAAGUAUAUAAUGUUAUACUGUAGAGCUGAUGGUAGUGGUAGUGCGAAAUAUGCACUGGAGUGCCUAUAUCAAUUU